GCAAAGGGCUGAGCUAAUUGUAGCCUAAUCCUCUGCCCUGCAGGCGUUUGCAAAGCCCUGAGCAAGAAUUCGCUUUUUUUCCUCCUCUUCUCCCUUCCCUCUGUUAUUUAGAGACGGGAUUAUUGCCUUUCUUCUCAUAACAGCCUCGGCAGUUUCAUUUAAAGGCUUUUUUUCCCCCCCUCUCACACACAUACAUACACACACACUCACAAAAUAAAUAGAAAAAGAAGCAGCAAAAACAGGGGAAGAGAGAGGAGACAGAGAAGCUUUAAAAAUAAUAAUCACAGCAGGAUCUGCGGAGCAAAGAUAGUAAUAAAAGCAAAAAAGCUGAGCCCAUCCACACAGAGCCCCGGCAGAGCCCAAAGCCAAAGGGGGGCUCGCAGAUCUCUUCUGUGCUCAAGGAGGGAAGAAGCAUGUCCCGUCUGUCUCUGACACGCUCCCCGGUUUCUCCUCUGGCUGCUCAAGGAAUUCCUCUCCCAGCUCAACUCACCAAGUCCAACGCUCCCGUGCACAUCGAUGUAGGAGGACACAUGUACACCAGCAGCCUGGCCACCCUCACCAAGUACCCAGACUCCAGAAUAAGUCGUCUGUUUAAUGGCACAGAGCCCAUUGUCCUGGACAGUUUAAAGCAGCAUUAUUUCAUUGAUCGAGAUGGGGAGAUUUUCAGAUAUAUAUUAAGCUUCCUAAGGACAUCUAAGCUACUGCUCCCAGAUGACUUUAAGGACUUUAAUCUUUUAUAUGAAGAAGCAAAGUAUUACCAGCUGCAGCCAAUGAUUAAGGAACUUGAGCGGUGGAAACAAGAGAAAGAACAAAGGAAACACUUCCAGCCUUGUGACUGCUUGGUUGUGAGAGUGACUCCGGAUCUGGGGGAGAGGAUUGCGCUGAGUGGGGAGAAGGCUUUGAUAGAGGAGAUCUUCCCGGAGACGGGGGAUGUCAUGUGCAACUCGGUGAACGCGGGCUGGAACCAGGACCCCACCCACGUUAUCAGGUUUCCCUUGAAUGGAUACUGCCGGCUCAACUCCGUGCAGGUGCUCGAAAGGUUAUUUCAGAAGGGAUUUAACGUGGCAGCUUCCUGUGGUGGUGGGGUGGAUUCCUCCCAGUUCAGCGAGUACGUGCUGUGCCGCGAAGACAGACGACCACAGCCCACCCCAACAAUCAGAAUAAAACAGGAGCCCCUGGACUAGAACCCUCCCCGUGCCCCUUUGUAACCGUAGAAGUGUUUAAUAGUCCCUUAUGUGAAACACUAAGGAUUUGCAAAACAGUAUUAGCAAACAGAUUUGGACUUUCUGUUGCCCAUCAGUGGUACUCUGAAACUACCUGUCACACAGCCAGCCAUGGAACGCGUCUGGAAAUCCACUGCCUGUCGCUCACGGUGGAGCUCCUGAGCACACUGACUUGGGGCUGACCAGCAGUGCUGUGGAACAGGCAAAGCUUUGGAAACCCUGGCCCUGGCCUGGACUUCUGCAGCAAGAGCCAUGGAAGCAGUGGAAGGGACCAGCAGGAGCCCGGGGACAGCCGGAGCUGCGGGGACGGGGGCGUCUGCGGGAGGAAGAACCCCAAAAACUGCACUGAGAACCUUCCCUGACCGUGCCCCUCCUCCAUAUCA